AUGACUUCAAGCUCUGACCAGCGAUAUGGCCAGCAUUCAUACCGCUUCCCCCUUUCUCCCCCUGGCUCUGGAACAGUGACCGCUGAUUCUUCGCCUCGGAUGACCACACUCGCCCCAGACGAUCAUCGAAUCAUAGACAAGAUUUACGCUUCCAGGAAAGUCCCGUACCGCCAUGCACAUUCCCUUGCACCCGCUAGAUCCGGCUAUUCAAAGGAUGAAGACGAUACCACAGACUCUGAAGGCUACACCACCGAACGCUCUCCAGCUGCUUCUCUUGUUCGCAAGCGAACUCUCAAAUCUUCCGCCCUUCGCUCCUCCACAAUGCCCGCUUUCACGAAACAGCCACACGUUCGCACACCGCCAAUGUCGCCGCGACCCCUCUCCCGAACUUCCUCCUCCGCGUCCCUAUCAUCCUCAUCAACCGAAACGAGUCGCGAAGACAAUCACCAACAUCCGCCUACCGCCGGUAUGAGUCGGAAAGUCGCCGCAACUCUCCAGAUCUUCAAGGAAACUGCCCCUUCUUCGGACGACAUGAUGUCAGGCGAACCGUCAUUGCACACUGAAUUGUCGAGAAGGUCGGAAUCUUUCACCGAGACGGAGGACAUGGCAGAGCCGCAGUUUGAGUUUGUCAAGCGCUCGGAUUGGCCGGACCGUGAGAUUGCUGCAGGGCGGCGGGAGAGGAGCGCCUCUGUCUAUGAGAGGACCAGGACGAGGGAGGCUACUUCUGUUCUCUUGGAACUUGAGGACAAGUUGAAGGAACGAGGAGCGACCGUUGCUGAAUCUGACCCGUACCAGUGGCGUGCCGAUAGGGGUCGAAGGAGGGAGCGCCCCGCGGAAUCACCCAUUCUCGAGGGCUCGAUUCUACCCGAACUCAACGAUACCCCCACAUCUUAUACUCGUCAACGCUCCGUUGUAUAUCCACCAUCCCCUUCCCCGUCACGUUCUCCUGUGAAACGGUCCACUGCAGUCACCACCCACCCGGCCUUCGAUCUGCCGAUCGACCCCAGCCUAUCACCUAUUUCCACUUCGGGCCAGCUCCCGGCCCCACCAACCAGCGUGGAUCACGACGACUAUUCCUUACCCCCGUCCCCUCUUGAAUCACCGUCACCUUGGACUACAGACGACGAAUGGGACACUGCUUCCCUCGCCUCAACCACCUCCUACGAUCCUUACGAUGAUCCGCACCCCUACAAUCCAACGCCGUAUGCAUCUGAUUCUGACGAGUUCCCUCAUCCUCGCUCCCUUUCACCCUCCGGCUCUGAUGGUAUGGAGAGCCCAAAGCGGUCUCGUCUUAAACGCAGGGUCACUCCACGACCCAUGGUUGAAGAAGACCAGCUCCCCCACAUCCCUCUGCGACCUUUCCGCAACCAAGUUGGCGGCCAUAGCGCUAUUUAUAAGUUUACAAAGCAAGCUGUGUGCAAGCCACUCGUUUCACGCGAGAACCUUUUCUAUGAGUCGGUGGAACGCGAAGCGCCUCCUCUUCUCGACUUCAUCCCUCGGUACCUGGGCGUUAUGCUGGUCAGCUAUCGCCGGGUACCAAAGCAAGACUCGGACCCAACGUCCCCCUUGCAACUUGCCUCUCGACCAUCACUCCCGCAUGCCACGACCGACCCCACUAUCCAGCCCAGUGUAUUCCGUCGCCAAUCUUCCGGUCAAGAUGACUCUAGUGCCGUCUUGGAUGAUACAGAAUUGCCAGAAGUCGUCCUCGACAGGAAUCGCCACAUCAUCCCUGAAUGGCUACUCCAAGGCCACGGCAAGCGCAACCGAUCGAUGUCGCAUUCGACUCCGAGCGGGUCGUCCUUCAUUGCGCGACGUCGACUCGGUGCCAGCGCCCAUCGAGGAACUGCCUCCACCCCUGACCUCGCCCUGGACCCCACGCCCACCAGCAACGAACCGAGUCCCCUCGCCGAAUUCUCUUUCUCGUCGGAGCUCGACGCUCCAACCCCCGUUAACUCUCCCAGCACCUCCCCCAACCAGGCCAAGCAUGCCUUCCCUGGAAGUCUAGCGGAGCGCCCACAGUCCCGCCGCGCUCACAACUCCAACUCUGAUGACGAAACGCUAGCUCACCAGCCACUCCAUGUCUCCUCCCCUGGCGAUAGAGGCCUCUCAGUCCCAGGAUCUCCUUGGUUCGGGGGGACUGGAUCGACUGUAGUCAAUACGAAGUUGAAGGAUCAUGUAUUUAAUUCUGUGUUGCGGCGGUUUCGGAGGCGGCUUCGUCGACGACGUGGUGUCUUCUCCCCUCCCAACGAUGGCGGCGAGCUUGGUGAUGUAGAGUGUGAAGAAAGUUCAGACCACCCUGGGUCCUUGUUGGCAUCACCACGCAGGGCGAGGACUUUAUUCCAAUCCGGAGACGCACGCGACACUAGUUCGGACGACUGUCAAAUCCCCCUCCUCCGUCGUGUGCGAAGCGAGUCUCUUUUAGGGCAGCGAAAGGGCAGAGAUCCUACACACGUGCGUCCGGACGACAGCAACAAAGAGUUGGGGAUCUUCGAUAUGGAUCUGGACGUCAACAAUUUGGGCGACAAUCACAACACUCGUUCCUGGGAGGACUCCAAUGCGGCGCCCAUAGUCCGGCGCAGAAGCCGCUCGCGCUCGGUUGGAUCACCCACUGCUCUCAGACGACGACCACCCUCUUUUAUCAACGAAGCUAUCCGCGAACAGAAUGAAGCAGAGCCAGAGAUCACACGACAAAAUCACUUUAUCUUGAUGGAGGAUCUGACAGGUCGACUAAAACGUCCCUGUGUGAUAGAUCUCAAAAUGGGGACACGACAAUAUGGGAUGGAUGCUACUCCCGCGAAGAAGAAGAGUCAGCGCAAGAAGUGUGACAGAACGACAAGCCGUCCUCUCGGAGUCCGUGUCUGUGGGAUGCAGGUUUGGAACAAUGCAUCACAGUCCUACAUCACCCAAGACAAAUACAACGGACGAGAGGUCCGGGCUGAAGAAUUCGACUCUGUGCUAGAGUCUUUCCUUUUCGAUGGCGAACGUCUCUUGGCAUACCAAAUCCCCGUUCUACUCCAGAAGCUCUACGCACUAGCUCGCAUCAUCAACCGACUGAAGGGAUACCGGUUCUACGGCUGCAGCCUCCUGCUUAUCUACGAUGGCGACGGCGAGUCACAAGAAGUCUUCCGGUCCUCGGUGCUCGAACAGCCCUCGUCGCACAGCAACAAGCGCAGCGAGUCCCUUGAACGUCGUUCCAACUCGCGGGCCUCUGGGACGGGUGAAAAGCCGGCGUUGCGCCGCUCGCACAGUGAAGACCUGCUCGUUGGACCAGUCGCCAAGCGUCAAAGUCGACGCAAGAAACGGGGGGAAAUCAACGUCCGCAUCGUCGAUUUCGCGCAUACCACCACCGGCCGCGACUGGCUCGCCUACCCAGAAGAUUUUGUCGACAUUGCUCAGGACCCUCAGUCCGGACUGAAGGGGUACCAUGCCGACUUUGAUCCAGAGACGGGGCUGCUAUAUGCACGAUUCCCUCCGCACUACCCUGAGCAACCUGACCGUGGUUUCCUGUUCGGUCUCAAGACCCUUUCGGAAUCGUUGGAAGGUAUCUGGAACCGCGAGCGAAUCCACCGCAACAAGGCUGCGCGUGACGAUCCCUCAGUCGAGCAUUACAAACUCCCCGCACUUGCUGUGGACGGCAAGGAGAUUUUUGAUGAGAUCUUUGGGGAGGAAGAGGACGCGGGUAUGAUCUCUACAUGACCUCUUCCUAUGACCUCUGUUUUCGUUUUCAUAGUAUGCCUGUCCAUGCCUUUUGGGUUGCCCUUUGUGUGCGUAUAUACCUGGGUUUUUUGGGACUUUCUUUUUUCGGCUCGCCUCUUUUGCAUGCUCCAUUCUAUUACGCAUUAUUUUUUCCUUUGAUUCUGUCAGUAAAACCAUAGACUGCAUUGUCUCGACCCAUUUGUAAUUAUAACAAUCGCAACAUGCUACGACCUGGUAAUGCAAAUACGAUUUUUCUUGCCUCGAA